AUGUACGUACAACGUACGUACAAACUUCCUAAUGGAGAAGAAUUAUGUCGCAGCUGGCUCUUGUAUUCAGUAUUAAAAGACUCAGUGUUUUGUUUCUGUUGCAAACUGUUCAGUAUGAAAGCAAUUGGCAUAUUAUCACUAACUCAUACAGGUUCAAGUGACUGGAAAAACAUGGCGGCAAUUCUUUCUUCCCACGAGAAAAGUCCUGAACAUUUGCAGAACUAUCAAAAGUGGAAAGAACUACAUCAGCGAUUACAGAGGGAUAGUACAAUAGAUGCAGAAAUUUUGCGCAAGAUGAAGAAUGAAGAAAAGUAUUGGCAGCAAAUACUAAAGCGUUUAAUAGCAUUAGUGAGAGUUUUGGGUGAACAGAAUCUAGCUUUUCGCGGUACAAAUGAAACAUUGUACAGUGCCAAUAACGGGAAUUUUUUAAAAUUUGUGCAAUACUUAGCCAUUUUUGAUCCAUUAAUGAACGAACAUCUACGAAAGAUAUCAAAUAAAGAGCUUCAUACACACUAUCUUGGCAAAGAUAUACAAAAUGAACUUAUUCAACUGUUAGGAAAUGCUAUUAAGAAAGAAAUCAUACAAACAGCAAAUGCAAUGAAAUAUUUUUCAAUAGUUCUCGAUGGUACUCCUGACUGUAGCCAUGUUGAGCAAAUGACAAUAAUUAUUCGUUUUGUUAAAGUUGAUUCAUUGAAAAAGGAGUUUAGUAUCAAAGAACAUUUUUUAGGCUUUGUACCUUUAAAGAAAACAACUGGAGCCUAUAUGGCAGAAACAAUAAUACAACAACUAGAAGAAAUGGAGUUACCUAUUGAUAAUUUACGUGGCCAAGGCUACGAUAAUGGCGCAAAUAUAUAG